AUGAUGCUUGAUAUGGUUCUGUUUCAGGCUAUUUCAUUUUAUUCUAAAGCUCACAAUUUGAGAUCAGGAGAUCCGAUUAUCCUUAGCAAUCGAAGUUCUGCUUUCUGUUUGAUAAGUCAAGUUCUGAGGGAGAGAUCAGCAGCCGACUCAGAGUACCAGCCAUUGAAUGGCCUUGAUCCUACAACACAUGCAGAGUUAGCACUGAAGGAUGCAGAGAAGGUAGUAACUACCCACGGUAAUUCUCCUAGGCCAUAUCUUCUCAAGGCAUACGCACUUAUUCUGCUGGAGCGAUAUCAGGAAGCACGUGAGUCCCUUCUGGCUGGUCUUCAAGUUGAUCCCCUCAGCCAUAUCCUGCAAACCUGCCUCAGUGAUCUGGAUAGAAAUACAAAUGCUGCAGCCGGAGCAAGAUGCCCAAGGCUAGAUAGGACUGAUGAUUUUGAGUGCACAUUGUGUUUUAAACUAUUGUUUGAACCAGUUACCACACCAUGUGGGCACACGUUCUGUCGCUCUUGUUUACAUCAGUCAAUGGAUCACGGCAAUAAGUGCCCCAUGUGUCGGACAGUUCUUUUUAUUGGUCCAAGAACUUAUCCUAUAAGCGUAACAUUGAGCAACAUAAUUCAGAAAAAUUUCCCUGAAGAAUAUGCUGAGAGGAGGUCAGAACAUGAAAAUAUGACAUAUGCAGGCAUUGAUUUGAUGCCUCUCUUUGUUAUGGAUGUCGUAUUACCAUGCCAAAAGAUGGCACUGAACAUAUUUGAACCUCGCUACAGGCUGAUGGUAAGGAGAAUAAUGGAAGGGAGUCAUCGGAUGGGAAUGGUUGCUAUUGAUUCUGCGACGGGAACUGUAGCUGACUGUGGUUGUGAGGUGGAAAUUCUUGAGUGCGAGCCCCUUCCAGAUGGACGUUUUUAUCUAGAGGUGGAAGGUUCACGACGGUUUCGUAUCUUGCGAUCCUGGGAUGAAGAUGGGUACCGUGUUGCUGAAAUUGAAUGGUUCCAAGAUGUUUCUUUACCAGAAGGAUCACAAGAGAGAAGAGAUCUAAUUGAAAGGGCCAAUGAAGCUUCAGAACUGGCUAGGACGUACAUUAGGCGUACCAGAGAAACCAUAAGGCCUGUGGGCCGGGCAAGACACUUUGAUCUUGAGAGCAUUCCUGGACCACGGGACCCUGAGAAGUUCAGUUUUUGGCUUGUCAACUUGAUUAAUUUGAGGCCAUCGGAUAAAUUAGAACUAUUACGCCUCUGUGAUACUCGGGAGAGAAUAUCUCUUAGCCUUAGAUUGCUGGGCAAUGCAGAACAAGGUUGCCGUGUACAGUAA